UCCAGGCUGUUUACUGAUAGACACAAUUACAUAUCAUUAUUAAGUAGUUUAUUUUUUAUUUUUAUUACAAAUCAGAUAACACACAAAUAAGUAAAAUGGUUGGAUAAGAUUGUAGAUAAGACAAUUAAUUAAUACAACGUACAUUACUUCAUACAUUACAGCGCCUUACUUCAAAAGGGGACAAUAAUGGGAGCCACUGAGUCUCAACCUAAGAAAAGGAUUGUACUUCUUGGGAAAACAGGAGACGGCAAAAGCAGUGCUGGGAAUACCAUUCUUAGACAACAAGUAUUCACGAGUAAAGCGUCAGCUAAUUCCGUAACAGCUGAAUGUGUGAGUGGAGAUGGGAAGGUUGAUGGAAGAAAGAUCACCGUUAUUGACACACCUGGAAUCUUUGACACAGGUCUCGAUGAAGAGACCAUUAAAUCUGAGAUAAUCAGAUCCCUGAUUGAAAGUGCUCCGGGUCCUGAUGUUUUCACCAUUGUACUAAAGGUCGGAAGGUAUACAGGACAAGAAAUGGAGAUUGUGGAUAAAAUUGUUGAAUAUUGUGGAGACGAUACCUUUAAACAUUCAGUGAUUUUAUUCACUCAUGGUGAACAACUAGAGGGUCAAACCAUUGAGGAAUUUGUGAAGCAGAGUCCAAAACUACAGGAGCUUGUUGAUAAAUGUGGAGGUCGCUGUCAUGUGAUUGACAGUAAAUACUGGAAAAAACGGCAUAUGGGAUACAAAAGCAACAGGGUUCAGGUAAAAAAUCUGCUGGAUACCAUUGAACAGAAGUUAAAAGACAAUGAGAAUGCCUGCUACACCAAUGAGCUGUUUCAAACUGUGGAGGAAGAAAUUCAAGAGGAGAUGAAGAAUAUAAACGAGGACAGUUUGCCUCUGAUAGAGAAACGAGAAAUGGCAAAAAAGAUUGUUCAUAAAAAACUUCUGAUUAGGCUUGCAGGAGUGGCAACAGGGACACUGACUGGUGCCUUUCUUGGCAUUGGUGUUGCAGUGGCAUCUGUUGUGGCUUUACUUAAAGCAGCCAACAUUCCAGGAGUGGUAAAAGCAGGAACUGUAGCAGGAGCAGCAGCAGCAGGAGCCACAGGAAUAGCAGCAGCAGGAACAGUAGCAGUGGAGGCUGGGCUUGUUGCAGGGUCAGGUAUUGGAGCAGCAGGUUCAGGAAUUGCUGCAGGUGUUUUUUUGGGAGCUGCAGCUCUUGCAGGAGCAAUUGGGGGAGGAGUAACUGGAUUCAAAGCAGCUGAUGAAGGUGAUUCAGUGUCUGGUGCUAUAAAGAAUGCAGCUAAACUCAACUAUGAGAAUGCAAAAGGUGCAGUUAAAAAGGCACAGAAACAUCAAUACAAACUUUUUAAAAAAGAGGAGAGCACAAUGAGAUUGUAAAUCAAGAACUGACAUUCAGUUUACUCAAAUUUGACAUUGGAGUGUCAAUUUUGUAGUGGGCUAUGGACCUUACGAUUAUUAAACACACAUUUUUGUUAAUGCUUUUUAAUUUUUCUUAUUUUGUCUAAGUAACUGAUUUCUCAAUAGUGUAGAUAUGAAUUUUGGAAUCUCUCUCUUUUUUAAAUUUUUAUUCUCACUAUUUAACGUGAUGCAUAUAAGUCAUAUAUAUGUAUUUUAA